UGAGUUUGAAUAAACUUACAAGAGUGUCGUUCGCUCGCUUCAAAACCACGUAGCGCUUGCAGUCAUCGUACAUGGUCACUGAUUGGUGUAUUCUCACCUGUGACAACAUCUCUGAUUGGCGGGGAGCAACGCUCGUUCAUUGAUUGGGGUGUUGGUUUUUUUUGUGAGCGGCGCUUUGGGGUAACCAUGGCAACGAAUACCACGGAUGUUUAUUUGCUUGCAUUUUUCGGCUACACGCCCUAAAAGUCACCGAAUGUGAAGUUGCUGGAUAUAAAGUUAAUUGACCAACUAUCUUUUGUCCGCUCGGGUGCCAGGGGGAGAAAAUGUUCAAGCACAAUUAUCAGGGUGGCGCCGGGGUGGAGGUGUUCAGUGCACAAGGGAAAGACCCCGUGGCCAAGUGGAAACUUUGUGGAGGCCAGUCUGCUAUACGUAAAGAGUACGACAAAGAAGUCAAAGGAUUUGUUUACUGUCUGGAGGGUAGCGGAAAAAUUGUGAAGAUGCAAAUGCCAGAGAAUGGGAAAAUGUCACUUGGACUUCUCCAAAGAUUCUUGGCCAUCCAGGUCUAUAUUCCUCAAGGCAAGGACUUUUCUAUGGACCUGGUAAUAACAGAUGUCGGCCACCUAAAGCGACGACUCUGCUUAUCGACCGUGCAUAAAGAGUUGUCCGCCACACUCUGGCAUGCAAAACUACCUCUGGCAGGAGUGAAACGCAAUAUUUGGACCAUGUUGUUUGUUGACCUUGUGUCCUUUACCGGAGAGUUGUUCAAGGCUGCCGAAUUUUUGUCCCUGGAUGGCAUCACCCUGUUUGCCAGCUGUAAAGUGCGAAGAAUCUUUACCAUGAAAACGGAGCCAACUGUACCGACAAAUGAUGAUAUGUUUCUCGGUGGGCCCAGUGUUAUGGAUCAAAUCCCUCGCAGCUGCCAGUUCCCACCAAACAUUUGCCAUGAGUGUCAGCUUCUGAACAUGGCCAUCUUGCAGAAGGCCAAUUUGAGGACAACUCAGGCAAACGUCGACUCUGGACCUGACCAGCAUCCUGCCGCCAGAUCAGUCACUUCUCACAGAAGCAAGCCCCAGGCAUCUCCACACACGGCCUCGGGCUCAAGAGCCGCUGCACGGGCAACACAAGCUGGACGAAAAGGUGGCCAGGCCACGAUUGGGAUGGAAAAAGGGGAACCCUGUAAUGAAAAAACAGCAUCCUUAAAUCCGACACGCCAGCAAUUUAAUGCACACGGUGGAGAUGCAGAAUCAUCACACCUUCAUCAAGCGGGAGCACCCUCCAGCUUGCAGGCGCAUCCUCCAAGAGGCAAAGUGCUCAACAAGCAAGCAUCUGAGAGGCGAAAGUUACGAGUCCAAAGCGCAGUGUCGGAAAGGCUCCAAGCACUGCUGGAGCCCGCUCAUGUUGGCCACGGCAGGAGAAAUGAGACCCGAGAGAAAUCCAGUCCUCCAUCAAGUGGGCUGGAGAGCAGACAAGAACCUUUGACCUCAAAAGAAACGACAGAGGUCCUAAAAGCAGACGAAAGCAGUUUGAAUUCACCGGGCGCAAGUUCCAUAUCGCCUCCGACCACACCGGCACAGCCUCUCCCCGACUCGACCCAGCCCGCUUCCUCUCCUGACCCGCAGGUCCGGAGCUGCUGGGAGAGUAAUGACGAUGAGCCCGAGCUGCGGCUCACUCUGCGGGAGGAGGUGUUCACUUUCGCAUCCCCGCCCCACUCACCCAAAGGAGGCCAAGGCCGGGGUGAGCGGAAGACGGAGAUGAGAGGCGAUCAGGUUCAAAGCCCAAAUGGGACACGCGGUGAAGCCCAGCCCGAAGAUGAUUUCAUUGGCAGUGAAAGUGAUGAGGAAAAGAGCUACUCUGCAUUCCCACAUCGAACAUUACCGUCCGACUCUACUCCUGACAUUUCCCAAUGUCUUGAUCCAAAUUUGGAACUGGAAGUUCAGCCUGAGGAUCAAAACACUGAGCAAACAGCAUCAGUGGAAGAUCUUUGUCCAGCUGCCAGUGAAAUGCGCCUGCCGUUCGCAAACGAUCGGAUGGCUUCCGGACACUGUCAUUCAACGUUUGGUACCAGACAAGAUGAGAGGUGUGGCUCAGGUGAAGCAGAAGGAAGAAACUGGGCUGCGGAUUGGAACAACAGCGUAUCACUGUCAAGGAGUCGUCUUCAAGAAGUCUCACUGGAUGACCCUUUCAAGGACGAAGACGACACAAUCCAGCCCGGUGACUGCGGUGAUUGGCACUCAAUCCCAGCCAACAGUCUGCAAUUGCACGGGGGGGAUGAUGCGGAGCUCCAGAUGCUUGCCAGUCUGAAAAGGGAGCAGGAGGAAGAAGACGAGCACAAAGCCUCGGGCCUCAGUGCGUCUCAGAUCCACCAGUGUAACGUCAGCAUGAGCCUGAGCAGUGAGGACACGUCUACCUGGACGCACACCUCCGUGCCAGAGAAUCAGGGUCACCACUACCAGAAGGAAAUGAACGCACUCCAGUGCUCAAACCCCAGGGACUGGAUGGACGUACUCAGCCCCCACAUUCUGCCUCCGAGCAACAAGAGCAUGUCAGAGAACACAAGUAACCAUCGUCAGGCUCUAAUCAGAGGAGGGGACGAAUCUGAAAAGGAAGAGGAGGUAGAAGACGAGUAUUUAAAUCUGCUCUAUGAUCCAUGCCUCAACUGCUAUUUUGAUCCUAAGACGGGGAAGUACUACGAACUAGCUUGACUAAAAGCUUGCAAAAGUCAAAGUUGAUAAAUCAGAGGACAUUGACAGCGGGUGAAUGGCAGAAGAGUUUUGUUAUUGAUCAGCAAUGAAUACCCACCCUGCUGGCAAGGAGCUUUUCAUCUAGCCGCAUUUUGUUUUUGUGCUGCUAACUGACGACGACACCAAUGGUCUUGUUAGCAUGUAAAGGAAGUGAAACGCAACCUUUUUUUUCGGCAGCUGCUCAUUUUAUUAGCACAUCUGCUGGUAAAAUCCCUUUUUGGGAAACCUUGGCAAGUAGAUAAAUGGUAAGCGAUUUGAAAGAACAUCCUGCAGCCUCAUUUUUUAAUUUUUUUAUUUAUUCAAAUUCUGAUUUGGAUUCAUAUUUGAUUGUGCUCGUUUUGUAUAUGCUUAUUGUUUCAUUAUUUGAAAAAAAAGUCAAAGCUCUACGUGUAUAUUAGCUCAAUUGAUUUCCAUUGGUGAAAUGUGACGCACGUGGCUUUGCUGAAUAUAAAAAAAACACAUCAGUAAAAUAAGAAAUGUUGAAUUCCAAAUAAUAUGUUAAAGAUUACAAGAUGAUCCUCUGUACUAAUUGCAUCUGCUGAAUAUACAGAUUUGUUUAGUUUUGUUUUCUUUCAGCCGAGUAAUAAACAUUCAACGAUGAA